AUCAAUAAUGCCAAACACCCGGUCUUCGAGGCGGCCAAGAGUUUCUUUCAGACGGGUUUCACUGUCAAGACUUUCCUAUUGUUUCUGUUCCCACAAUUAGCCCAUUAUCUGGACAUUCAUUUCUUUAACGAAGAGAGUCAGCAAACGAUCGCCAAUUUUAUCAAACAAACAAAACUCGUGAAUGAAAUAAACAGUUAUUUCGGCGAUCAGUCAGAAGUCGACUACGAGUCAGUCAUGAAAAUGCCUUAUUUGGACGCUUUCUUCAAAGAAAUCAUGAGAUUUAACUGUUCGGUCAACAGAAUAGACAGAAUUGCCGAAAAUGAUUGUGUGCUAAAUGGCAUAUCUAUACCGAAGGGCACAUCCAUUAUAAUCCCCGUUUGGGCCCUACAUCUGGACGCCGACCACUACGACGAGCCCAAUGUCUUCAAACCGGAAAGAUUUUUGCCUCAAAACGAGUCCCGAAUUAAAGGCUAUACUUAUCUUCCGUUCGCUUCGGGGCCCAGAAAUUGCAUCGGAAGAAAGUUUGCCGAAAUGGAGAUCAAAUACUUUAUGGUUAAAAUUUUACCACUCUUUGAGUUCAAAGCGUGCGAUCAAACCCGGAAUCUCGAUUUCUAUAAACUGAUCCAAACGUGUACUAUGAAGGCGAUGGUGGUUGAGGUUAGGCUAAGAGACAGCCAAUAA